AAGUUAAUUAAGAAGUGAAGAAGAAAGAAAGAAGUGUAGAGAAAUAACGGGAGGGAAGCGGAAUAUAAUUUAGAAUUUAAUUAAAUUUAGUAAUAAAUGUCCUAAAAUAAUCGGUGAAUCGAAGGUUAUUAGGGUUUUCAUCGACGAGCCGGCAAUCGCCGCAAGGAUUCAUCGUCAUGGACCGGAGAGAGCCGGAGAAAACAGAUGUCCUUCCUUCUACAGCUUUGGCAUAUCUUGAUCGGAACUACUGGGACAAGAGGUUCGCUCAAGAGGAACACUACGAAUGGUUAAAAGAUUAUUCUCAUUUCCGUCACCUUCUUCAACAACACAUUACACCCCAUUCUUCUGUGUUGGAGCUAGGAUGUGGAAAUUCUCAGUUGAGUGAAGAGUUAUAUAGAGAUGGGAUUACUGAAUUGACCUGCAUUGAUUUGUCCCCCAUUGCAGUCGACAAGAUGAAACAAAGAUUGGUUAACAAGGGCUACAAAGAAAUAAAAGUGCUGGAAGCUGAUAUGCUAGACCUGCCUUUUGAAGAUGGAUGUUUUGAUGUGGUUAUAGAGAAAGGAACAAUGGAUGUGUUGUUCGUGGACAGUGGUGACCCCUGGAAUCCACACCAUGCAACAGUGGAGAAGGUGAUGAAGAUGCUUCACGAAAUUCACAGAGUUCUAAAACCUGAGGGAAUAUUUAUAUCUAUCACAUUCGGUCAGCCGCACUUCAGGCGCCGGUUCUUUAAUCAUCCUGAGUUCACCUGGUCUGUUGAGUGGAAUACUUUUGGCGAAACAUUCCACUAUUUUCUCUACAUCUUGAAAAAGGGACAAAGAUCAUCAGAGAGCGAGGAGUGCGGGGAAAAGACUCGUAUCCCAUCAAUAUCUCUAUACCAUGAUGAAUUAGAGGGUGAAGACUAUUUAUUCAGAACCAACAUUGAUGAGAUGUAAAGCCAGAAGUAAAACGUAUACAGCGGCUCCUUUUUGCAACUUAUGUUAUUGUUUAUUACUUUUGUUAUAGUACUGAAAUGUUACAAAAAUUGUCUAGUCUUUCGACCAGUAUGAUCUUUAAUUGAUUAUCAUUUUUUGUUUUUUUUUGGAA